UCAUAGUAAGCAGUGGCGAAUCUAAGAUCGGAUAAGCGAUUCAUUUCACUUAAAAUUUUAGAAAAAAACUACUUCUUAAGAAUAAAUAUUAAAAAUUAAAGAGAAAGAGUGAAGAGAGAAUGGGGAAAAGUGGAAGCUCAUUGUUGAUGAAAUUAAUGGUGCUACUAAGUUUUGCAAUGGUAGCUCUAGGAAAUAAUAAUAGUUUACGUGCUUUUUAUUUGGUGCAGCAGUGGUUGGGAUCAUAUUGUAACCAAAGAGGUACAAGAUGUUGUUAUCCACCAACAGGGAAGCCAAAUCCAGAUUUUACAAUAUAUGGACUUUGGCCUUAUUACAAUGGUGGUAGCUUUCCCUACAACUGUGGCGAUGACAAUUACGAUGUCGCUAGGCUUAAACCAUUGGAGAAGAGCUUAAGAAAGGCAUGGCCAUCAUUGACAUGCCCACAAAUAGGAAGAAAGUUUUGGGUACAUGAAUGGAACAAACAUGGAACAUGCUCCAAAAAAUUCCUAGGUGAAAUCCCUUACUUUCAAGCAGCACUUAACCUCAAGAACAAGGCUAACAUCUUCCAAGCCCUAGCAAGAUCCGGAAUCAAACCCAACAAUCAAUUUUACUCUCUUAAAUCAAUCAAAAAAGCCAUUGUUCGAUCCAUCGGGUUUCACCCAUGGAUUGUAUGCAACCAUAAUGCACAAGGACACAAUCAGAUUUGGCAAGUCACAUUGUGUGCUGAUAGAACUGGAAAAAAGCUUAUCAAUUGUCCUUAUCUUCCUAAGGGACGUGGAAGUUGUGCUUCUAAAAUACAAUUUCCUUCUUUUUACUAAUCAAACAGUUCAUGGGUUUGGAUUAGUGUAGUUGUUGAGAGCUUUUCUAUUUAAACCUAUAAAAAAAAAUUAAUUUUCUUUCGCCUAUGGCCUAUAAA